GCCGGAUAUCAAGACUGGAUUCGGAGAGAAGCGGGAUGUCGAGAAAGGUGAGAUUCUGGACUGUGGUGAAUUGAUUGGAGGCGGUCCAAAUGCACAUGCAUCUCUGCGUUUUGGAUCCAUUCGUGCCUGAAAGCCAACAACAGAUACGAGAGCAAAGAAAAGUGGUGCAAAGAAGAGGAUCGGUCGGGCUGGUGUGGGAUGGAGACUCAACAGCAUUCGAUCAAUCCCGCGCACUUGUACCACGGUUCCCACCUCUUCGCAUGAUAAGGACGGAAUGCACGAACACGCCUCUUAUCGACAGCGGUGCUGAGAGCAAGAGACGACCCAGCAAAUCCCCACGAUGGAGCCCUUGCUGCCCAAACGGCUGUCGGGAUACAGUCAGGACAAACGCCAGUGUCGAAGCGGUCAAAGCAACAAGGCUAACUAACAGGCAGCUAAUUAGCGAGGCUAGGAAGACGCAAUUCCCAUUAGUCACUCUCUCCACCACACACACCGAUUGACAAGUGCGCGAGGAAUACAAGAAGUCGCGAUAUUCCAUCUGGCCUCCCAUCCCCCUCAACACCACACACAUUCACGUCCCAGAUCUGUUCGAAACGCGAGUCUGAUCACCGCCCGGCUGUGAUCUAUUCUCAUUCCUCUUCCACACACAAGGAUCACUUCCGAGUGAUCCGCCCAACCGCCAAGACGUUUUCCAAUCUGCUGCCCUCGUCUCAUCACCCGUUCAACGGUAGCCGACGCUCUUCCCCUCCUGGAGGAGCAUCGGAUUCAACAAAGACCCGAUAAAUUCGCCAUCCAUCAGAGAACCGCUGCCACUCCAAAUCUUUGACAAAGUCAUUCAGCCAAUUCUCUUGAGCUCAAUAUGGCACCACACGCGGAAAUCGGCGUCGGCACCAUGAACGGGUAUAGCACUAAUCACACUUCGGACUCGGCUCAAUCGCACAAGGAUCUUUUCACGGUCAACUCUCCCAACGUUACGUAUACUGACGAACACAUCAAGAGCAAGUAUGUCUACCGCACCACGGCAGUCACCAAAUCCGCCGAUGGGAAGUACACCGCCACCCCCAAGGAAACCAUCUACGACUUCAAAGUCGACCGCAAAGUGCCCAAGGUCGGCGUGAUGUUGGUGGGAUGGGGCGGCAACAACGGCUCCACCGUCACUGCCGGUAUCAUUGCCAAUCGUCGUGGACUCGUUUGGGACACUCGUGAAGGGAGUCGCGCCGCGAACUACUAUGGCUCCAUCAUCAUGGGCUCGACGAUCAAACUCGGCGCUGACGCCAAAACCAACGAAGAGAUCAACAUUCCUUUCCACGACGUCUUGCCCAUGGUUCACCCCAAUGACAUUGUGAUUGGUGGUUGGGACAUCAGCAGCAUGAACAUUGCAGCUGCAAUGGACCGUGCUCAGGUCCUUGAACCGACCCUCAAGGCCCUGGUCUACAAGGAGAUGGCUCUGAUGAAACCGCUGCCAAGUAUCUACUACCCGGAUUUCAUUGCUGCCAACCAGGAAGAUCGUGCGGAUAACAUCCUUCCGGGUAACAAGGCAAGCAUGGCCCAUGUUGACAAGAUCAGGGCAGACAUCAGGGAAUUCAAGGCUCAAAACAACCUUGACAAGGUCAUUGUCCUCUGGACUGCCAACACCGAACGCUACGCAGACAUCAUUGCCGGCGUCAACGACACGGCCGAGAACUUGCUUAAAGCCAUUGAGCAGGGUCACGAGGAAGUGUCGCCUUCGACUGUCUUCUCUGUUGCUUGCGUCCUUGAAAAGACGCCUUUCAUCAACGGCUCCCCUCAGAAUACUUUUGUUCCCGGAGCGAUCCAGCUCGCUGAGAAGCAUGACUCCUUCAUUGGAGGUGACGACUUCAAGUCGGGCCAGACCAAGAUGAAGUCGGCACUGGUCGAUUUCUUGAUCAACGCCGGCAUCAAGUUGACGUCUAUUGCAAGCUACAACCACCUCGGCAACAACGACGGCAAGAACUUGAGCUCCCAGAAACAGUUCCGAUCCAAGGAGAUUUCCAAGUCCAAUGUCGUCGACGACAUGGUGGCUGCCAAUUCAGUCUUGUACAAGAAGGACGAGCAUCCUGAUCACACUGUGGUCAUCAAGUACAUGCCCGCCGUUGGAGACAACAAGCGAGCCCUGGACGAGUACUAUGCCGAAAUCUUCAUGGGGGGCCACCAGACGAUCAGCAUUUUCAAUGUCUGCGAGGACUCCUUGUUGGCCUCGCCCUUGAUCAUCGACCUUGUCCUCGUGGCCGAGAUGAUGACUCGCAUCCAGUGGAAGACUGAAGCUGCCGCGGAAUACAAGGGCUUCCACAGUGUUCUGAGCAUUCUCAGCUACAUGUUGAAGGCACCACUCACGCCCCCCGGAACGCCUGUCGUCAACGCCUUGGCCAAACAGCGCAGUGCUCUGACCAACAUCUUCCGUGCCUGCGUUGGUCUCCAGCCCGAAUCCGACAUGACCCUCGAGCACAAGCUGUUCUGAUCCCGCAACCGACCCUCCGACCCUAAUGUGCAGGUAAUGGCAAAGAAAUAGCAGGACUUGCGAAGCCGCUCGGCAUUUGAUGCGAUAGGGGUGGCUAGACUGCUUUUCCUUGCAUUGCGAACGGCGAAAUCCAAAGGGUCGGUCUCUGUCGAAUCAUUGCACCUCCUAGACUGCACAGAUUUGUUUCCCCCCCCGAGUACUCUGGUGUACUUGUUCUGUCGUUCCCGUCGCCCCUCCCUCGACUCUCGAGGUCGUCCAACUCGUUGUCACUCCUUUGAUCCAGCUACAUAGUAUAGCCUUAGCAACACAAGACAUAUUAACCCCCAACCUCUUGGGCUCCAUUCGUGUUUGUUCCGUCCAAUAGUCACGGGAGGUGCCGGUUUUCUCGGUGACGGGGAUGCCGCUAAUAAAGAAAGCGCCUCGACAAUAACGACAGCAACAUCUCCAAGAUACGAGCGAGGCCUGGGCAAGGCGAGCAGACAAGGCCCUCAAGGUCCUGUAACCCGAGCAGGGGUGUGGCUU